UCAUCACUCGUUUGUUUUUUUGGGAUUUCCAAAAGCCUGGACCAGGUUUCUAGGUCUUUCCGGGCAGAUAUUAAUUUCGAUGUACUACAAUAUGCUGAAUAAUACUGAUAUUGUGAGAAGAACCAAAGUAAACAGGAUUCGAUGGGCUAGACAUGUUAUUAGAAGACCUGUUGACGCUCCAUUAAAUAAGGUCUUCAAAUCCGAUUUUGUAGAUGGAAAGAGAUCACGUGGAAGGCCAAAGAACUCAUGAAAAGAGGCUGUUGAUGAAUACAGUGUUGCAUUUGGUUUAGGAAAUUGGCAGACGGUAGCCAGAGAUAGAGCUGGUUUUAGGGGACAAAUAAGGGAGAUCAAGGAUCACAAUUGAUCUGUACGUCUAGCGAAGGUAAGAUGCCCUGGGUAGCCCAAGAAUCCGGGCUUUGGUAUCCGCAAAGGAAGAGCAAAGCGCUUUUUUAAAUCACUAUUUUUUAAGGAAGUAUUUUCUUGAAAUGAUGCUAUGACACAUGUGAACAACGAGAUGAUAAUGAGUGAAAUCAUGCUAAUAGAUUGUGUGUCUGAAAUAUGUCAAAUACAUGGUGGCCAACCUUUUUUGAUGCUAAGCCAUGACCAAAACCACACAAGGCAUAAUAACAAUAAUGUGAGAGGGUUCCAGCCAACUGAUGUGUUACUUCACGUUGCGUCAAGCUAGAGGCACUGUGAUCUUGAUCGAUUAUAGGAUCUUUUAUGCUGUUGUACACAAGGCAUGAGAUUCGUGAGAUUUAUUGAAUUGUUUCGGUGCAUUUUUGUAUGCUGUGGCACAUGGGUUGACCAUCAUUGUCAUAUAUGAUGUUUUCUAAAUGCACAUUUUACGACACAUGAAGAUUAAUUUAAAAAUAAUUUUUUUAAGGUUUUCCAUAUUCUGUAUUUGAUUUAGCAUCAAGGAUUUGAUAAAUAAAAAUAAAGAGUUCAAGACAAGACUCAUUUAAUUUAGUACUUCGGUGCGCAAUUAUUGCAAUACCAACACAGCGAUCAUGGGUUCGAGAUUGGGCUACAGUCAGACAUGUCAUCAAAGGAGUGGUUCGGAUCCUACUAUAAACUGUAGGUCUAGUUUUGAGCUGGAGGUCGGGCGAGCCAUGGUUAAAGAUAUUUUAUUUGACCUUUAUAUAGAUAGUGACAACGAUAGGCAAGCCGAUUUCUGCGUGAACUUAAGUGAAGAUGUGAAAAGGAUUGUUAUUAAUUGCAUUUCGGCAAACAUUACUAUGACAUCGUGAAUCCAAGAUCAGCGUAAAAAAUACCAAAACAAUGCUAGCUUAAACUAUUUUUAUAUUAGCACCAAUCUGACAAUUUGAACUUUAUAAAAUGAAUCAAAUAAGGUUCCCGAAUAGCACAAGUGGGUUAAUCGAACAGAAAUCCGGCAGAAAGCAAGCAUGACUCUGGAAUGGUGCUGGCAUUGAUUUAAAUACAGCAGGUUGUUCAUAAUAUUCCUACCACAAAAAAAACCAAGGCGUGAAAACUCAGGAUUAAUCCUGAAAAAUCCUAAAAAUCCGAAAAAAUCCCUGAGCAAAUAAACGUGGAAAUGUAUAAUCGCUUUUAAAUCCCUGAUGCAUUUGAUGAAUAAUUUCGAGAUUUAAAAAAGAUUUUACAUUUCCACGUUCAUUGGCUCAGGGAUUUUUUCGGAUUUUUAGGUUUUUUUUAGGAUUAAUCCUGAGUUUCCACGCCUUGCAAAAAACCCACAUUUUUACAGUAUUCCGUGACUUUUGAAUUACUCAUUUUAUUUUUAAAAAAAAGAAACACUGAAAUUGGCUCUUUAUGAUUAGUCUGACCAUCUGCUUGGUCA